CAGCAGCCAACCGUCGAUAAUCUUCUUCACAAUAUUAAAAGUAUGGUAAAAGGUCUUCAUGAUCUUGAUGUUAAUUGCUUACAAGUAGUCAAAAACAAAUUAGAACAUGCUCUUAAAGAAGUUCGAAGACCAGAAAGAGAUUUCUGA